GCAGAUUACGAUUAAUCUUCUCUAUGUGAUCGUAAAGUUAGGAAAUUCAUUUGCCCCACGGCAAUUUUUUUAAAACCCCCACCCACCCUUUUUAAAAAUGUUUUUUCAACCCAAAAUUGCAAUAUUUUUCAUCCCGUUUCGUCCAAUGAAAUGGCUAGUUUUGAAGUUCGUUUUUAAUUUGUUAGUUAUGUUUUGUCGGAUUGCUAUAAAACAUCAGUACUUGUCGACGAAGUACAUUUUAAUCAUCAUUAUGGAGGACAGUAACGUGCCUAGUACAAGCGCUGUUGUUUCUCACGUAACAGAAAUAGAGGAAGUCUUUUUGACAACGUUGUUUCUCGUUGCGUUCCCAUCGAUUGAAGCGUUGAAGUCCGCUAUCACAAAUUAUGAAAGAUCAACUUACUGUCAUUAUGUAGUUCGAGAUUCGCAUUUGUGCAGAAAUGAAAACUCGUACAUUAAAUUUGUGGACUGGACUGUUGCACGUGGGAAUGUGCAUCACAAUCACGAGUGCAAUUCCCUAAGGUACCAAGGAAAUUCAUGGGUGCGCAGGUUAACAGAGGCCCAGUUUGAAAAUGUGCGACCGCUGCUAAUAUCUGGUACUGCUUCAUUCCACAUUAAGAAUUAUGCUUACCAUUCUUAUGGGAAACUACUGACUGAUCAAGAUAUCUAUAAUAUGCGGUACAAAGUGUUCUCACAGGCGAACAUUCCUGGUAAGCCAUUUGCCAAUUUAUAAUGUAAACGAUAGGUGAUUACGGGAAAUUGAAAGCGCACAUAACAUCUUUGGGUGGGCGAUGCGAAUACGAAUUAGACGAUGAGAACUGUCUAUCGUACUUUUUCUUCAGCACUGGUGAUCAAAAGAUUUUUGCAGACCGUUUCGGUGAUGUUAUUGGUUUGGACGGAACAUACAAGACGAAUAACGAGAAUAUCUAUUUAUAUCAGGUCGUAGCCCUUGAUAUGAAUUUGAAGGCGAUACCCGUUUGUAUUGCAUUUAUAAGUCGCGAAACAUCGACUUUGAUUUCUCGAUUCCUGUCGUUCUUCCAAGGGUUAACCAACAGUCGACAGGUGGUAGGCAUUGUGACAGAUGAUUCACCUGCAAUAGCUGCUGCCAUCAUGCAGGUGUAUCCCAAUGCUCACCAUAUCUUGUGUCGCGUCCACCUUGUUCGCAAUGUUAUAAAGAGGGUAAGUGUUUCGUUCAUUAACAUUAACCCAGUAACCUUAAUUGUAGAGGGUACGAUCAGAAGUGAUACAACUAUUUUUUCACCUGAUGUUUACUCAAACGGUUGAAAGUUUUAACAAUGUAUUAUCCUUGAUCGAAAUAUCGGACGGAACGUUUGCCCGAUAUGUCAGAGACCACUUAUUAGCGAGAAAACACAAAUGGUCUACAGCUUUUCGACCAUCAGCAACGCUACUUCAACUCAAUAAUACGAACUUUGUUGAGACAAGUCACCGAAUUUUGAAGAUGCAUCAACUGAGUCGAAAAACACCUGUGCUGAGAUCUAUAUUUAGUGUGCUACUUCGCGUUGGAUAUUGGAUGGAAGCAAGAUUACAGAAAUAUACAUCAGAUUGCCGGGUAAAAGCCAACAUCGGCCAAGAGCCAGCAAUGCGUGGACUUCAGGAACGACUGACACCAGCUGCAUGUCAGGUACUGAGGCGGCACUUGCGCACUCCUUUGACGGAGUUUGUAAUGUCUGCUGACUUUACAACGCCGUUGAUGCAUCGAGGAAAUGUCGAUUUGGAUGAAACGUUAAGUAACGACGAGGAUGACGUAGUUUCUAUAAACUCAGAAGAGUUAACAGAACGGGACAUCCAAAAUGAAGAAGAUGAAGAGAACCGUUUGUGUGACAUCUGUAAUCUUGCACAGCCGCCCUAUGAAACUGGUGAUGAAGUGGGUUGGGUUUUCUGUCCUUGUGAAGCUAUGUUUCAUAGAUUCUGUGCUUAUGACCCAUCACCGAACGUACGAGCAGUACACUGUCCGAUGUGUGGCGCCAUUACCAACUAAUAGUUUGGACGUCCCACCGCGAGAACGAUUAAAGGCCCUUUUCAGGGCCACCCACAAAUUGAUUUAAAGGCAUUUUUCCCAAUAUUGUUUUUGUCUUUGGCAAAGGUCAAGUGAUUAAGCACUUUUUAAUGUCGAAUGCAUUUCGAUAUACCUUAGAUAUUAAUAAUCGAUAAGCGAUUAUCGCUCAUGUAUUCGUAAACUUGUUUCUAAUGUAUAAUACAUAUAAAGGUUAAGAAAGCAGAC